CAAUUAACCACGUCGGGUCAAAAUGGGACACCAAGGAUAAUGCUGUCAGGAAUGUCACCGGGUCCUGGAAUGCAACUAAUACUCCACAAUGGAACGCGACUACCACAACCCCCGUGCCUACUACAGUCUGGAAUGUCACACAAACCCCAGUGUGGAAUGUAACAAACACCCCAGUGUGGAAUGUAACAAACACCCCAGUGUGGAAUGUCACUGAAACACCAGUAUGGAACGUCACCAACACACCGGUAUGGAAUGUCACCAACACCCCAGUCUGGAACGUCACUAACACACCGGUAUGGAAUGUCACCAACACCCCAGUGUGGAAUGUAACUGAAACACCAGUAUUUAACGUCACCAACACGCCGGUAUGGAAUGUCACCAACACCCCGGUAUGGAAUGUAACAAAUACCCCAGUGUGGAAUGUCACUGAAACACCAGUAUGGAAUGUCACUAACACCCCAGUGUGGAAUGUCACCAACACCCCAGUAUGGAAUGUAACCGAAACACCAGUAUGGAAUGUCACCAACACACCGGUAUGGAAUGUCACUAACACCCCAAUUUGGAAUGUAACAGAAACACCAAUAUGGAAUGUCACCAACAGCCCAGUUUGGAAUGUAACUGAAACACCAGUAUGGAACGUCACCAACACACCGGUAUGGAAUGUCACCAACACACCGGUAUGGAAUGUCACCAACACCCCAGUUUGGAAUGUAACUGAAACACCAGUAUGGAAUGUCACAAACACGCCGGUAUGGAAUGUAACUGAAACACCAGUAUGGAAUGUCACAAACACGCCGGUAUGGAAUGUCACCAACACCCCAGUGUGGAAUGUAACUGAAACACCAGUUUGGAAUGUAACUGAAUCCCCAGUAUGGAACGUCACCAACACACCGGUAUGGAACGUCACCAACACACCG